GUUUGAUGCUCUUCUAGAACACACCCUGGGAAUCCUAUCGCGACCCACGCGCCCGCGGAACUAAGCACUCUUUGCCGAGCUCUCUCUGUCGCCAUGCUGCCGGCGGUCGCCGCCACAUCCCCCACCAUCUCCCAUCUGCCGCGCUACCACCACCUUGGCCGUCGCUUUCACCUCCGCCGCCACCUACUUCUAUCUGCUACUCCGGCCAGGCCCUCGUGUGGCACUACCCGCGCCCGCCGUCUUCUCCUUGCCGGCGCGUUCGCCUCCGGGGAGGGUCCUUCAGGACAGGAUGUCGAUUACUCUGCUGGCGUCACAAAUUCUGGGUCUGCAUAUCUUGGUCUCUUCGUUCGAUUGCUUGGCUUGGACAAUGACUCACGUGAUAGGGAACAUGCUGUUUGCACGCUCUAUCAGUACUCCCUUGGUGGAAGGAAGAGCGUCGAUGAGAUAAUGCAAUUCCCUGGCUGCAUUGUUCUCAUCAUUAGCCUCCUGAAAUCAGAGUCCAUUCCUGCCUGUGAAGCAGCUGCAGGUCUUCUGCGUAACAUUACAUCAGUUCACAUAUAUAGGAAGGUGGCUGGUGAGAGUGGAGCAAUGGAAGAAAUCAUUAGUCUUCUCUGUAAAUCUACAAUAACCCCUGAGAUUCUAGAGCAGUGUUUGUGUACCAUUUGGAACUUUUCUAUUGAUGAAAAUUGGAGGUACAAGAUUCUGAGGAGCGAUGUCCUAAUGAAGAUUGUUAGCUACCUAGAUGAAGAAGACAUAAAAGUCAAAGAGGCUGCUGGUGGUAUCAUAUCAAAUUUAGCUUUGAGUCCCUCUAAUCAUGGAGCUUUGGUUGAAGCAGGCGUCAUCCCAAAAUUGGUUCAUCUUUUGCAAACGAAAGAAGAUGACUAUAAGAUUAUUAGAAAGGAAGCUAAAAGUUCACUAAUACAGCUGGCUGGUGAUGAUCGUUACUACAGCCUUAUAAUAGAGGAGGGUCUAGUCCGGGUUCCUUUGGUUGGCUCAGCUGCAUAUAAAGCUUUUAAACCUCUCCCUCAUUCAUGGCCCUCUUUUCCUGAUGGCUCUGAGAUUCAGCGGAGUUCUCGUCCCUCAAAAUACGGUGCUACUGAACUGCUCCUUGGCUUGAGUAUCAAUGAGAAUGAUACAAAACCAGAUGAGGCUAAAAUUAAUGCUAUGAUAGGACGUUCUAAUCAGCAAUUCCUUGCGCGUGUUGGAGCUAUUGAGUUGGAUGAUCAAGGAAAAGAGGAAUCUGGAUCUGAAAAGAAUGACAUGUAUACCAUUUUGCCAUGGGUCGAUGGUGUUGCACGGUUAGUUUUAAUCCUUGGACUGGAAGAUGUCUCUGCAAUAAAAAAGGCUGCUAGAGCAUUGGGUGAUGCAUCAAUAAAUGAACAUAUGCGUACCUCAUUCAAGGAAGCUGGGGCUGUUAAACCUCUACUUCAGUUGCUCAAGCACAAAGAUGUACAUGUUAGAGAAGCUGGUGCUUAUGCGUUGGAAAAAUUAAGUGUCAGUGCCACAGUCUGUCGGAAUAUCAAAACAGAAGGUGGAUUAGAAUUGUUUGUAAAUAUAGUCAAGGAUCGAGAUACCCCAGUAGAACUACUAGAGAAGAUAAUUUAUAUACUUUCUGGAAUGUUUGACAUGGGGAUUUGCAUGGUUGCUGCACCGGAUACUGAAGGUGAUAAGGAUAGUGGAAACAAUGCAAUUCCCGAGACAUCUGUUAACCAAGAGAUGGCCAGCGAGUUGAUCUUCGAUUUUGAUGCUAUCUCAUGCUUAACGAAAGUUCUGAAGGAAGCAUCGCCAAGGUUGCAAGCAAGAGUCUGUUGUGUACUAGACCAUGUAGCAGCUUCAGAGCAACAUGCCACGGCAAUGACUGCUGCUUGCACUGGUUCAGUAAUCGAAGCUAUUCUUGAAAUAGGGGUUAUUCAUGGGACCAGAAGUGACUCUGAAAACUUUGAUGAAACUCCUAGUGCAGUCAUCGAAGAACUCAGUGAGGCUGUGUCUGCAGCUGUGAGGUUACUCACGAAAUUAUUGAACUUUGAUCUUUUCAUCCGCAGCAUAAACAGUGAAAAAAUCACUUCUCUGCUAAGAAGAAUGCUCAAGUCAAGUUUCCCCCUUCAGUCAAAGGAUUGUCUUGCAGCAUGCCUCAUUAAGCUAGAAUCCAGAGCUGGCUUAUCAGGAGAUCAUGGUGUCAGUAAUAUAGAUAUGGAGAUAAUUAUCUAUCAGACUAUUCCACGGCUAGUUGAGCAAAUGAUGACCUCACAUUCUCUUGAAAAUAAGAGAAGUGCUGUAAUAGAGCUCAAUAAGAUAAUAUCUGGUGGUGUGCUGGAAUAUACAAGAGCAUUGGCUGAUGGUGGAGGCAUAUUUCCACUGGUCAAAAUGCUUGAAGAGGGGGAUGGAGAUGCACUCGAAGCUACCUUAGCUAUCUUGUAUAAUCUGAGCAUGGAUCCAGAGAAUCACCCAGCAAUAAUUGCUGCUGGAGCAGUGCCCCUGUUGAAGCGGAUUGUUCUUGCAGAAGGCCCACAAUGGAAUAGUGCUAUUCAGCUGUUGAGAACAUUGCCUGUAUGACAUUGCUGAAGAAAAUGACCAUUCAUCGUCAACACACAUUUUAAACCACACUUAGUGCAUGCACAGGUAUUGUUGACUGAAGAACCGAUGCAGAAAAUGUCUUCGAAAAACUAACUUCUUAGAUUGAGGUCGCCGCUGAACCUAGCUCCAGCUCCCUAUCAUCAUCUUGAAUUUAUGACCUGGAACUCAAAGAAAGUAUCAGCAAGGACAUUUCCUCCGAAGUAGCAAUAUACGCUGCCCUUUUGGCUAGUUGAAAAGCACACCGGGGCCUGAUAUAUGAUGUCCCCUGAUGUAUGAUGUCUUUUUGCUCACAUGCGACGGCCAUAGAUAGUACCAUGAACUGUUUUGGACACUGGCAGUUUGCUGGUUGAGACCUUGGAAAGUUCAAAGUUGUAGCUAGGUGACUUUGCUCUGUAAGAAAUGGGGAUCCGAUCCUUUUUGUAUAACCUAGAGCUGAACUAGUGAACUAUCCUGCCUAGCGCAACAAAAUUACAGUAAACUGACGUAUACUCAUUGAUUGGGGACUUGACUA